UUUCUAUAGUCGAUGAUCAUUCGAACUAAGAAAUUAAGAAAACAGUAAUAAAAUAAUGAAAGGACUCGUCAUCGUCAGCGCUAUUUCCAAUGUUUGUGGUAUAAUUGCAGCUGUUCUCAUUUGCACCGCAUUUUUUACCGGAUCUUGGUUAAAUGUUCACAAAAUCCCAGUAACAGCGGAAUUGGAUGGGAAUGCAGAAGACGAGGCGGUGUCGAUUCAGAAAGUUGAAUUCAGUCACGGUUUAUGGGAUAACGGUCUCCGAGAUUUAAACUGCAUUGCUACACCUUUCGGAAUAUGCAUGUACACAAGAACUGGUCUAUUCGCUGGCAUAGUCUUGUUGGUCCCGGGAAUUUUAUUCAACAUUCUGGCAACGGCAAUUGUAGGAAGCGGUGGAAGAAUUGAAACGAGUGGAACAAUGGCGAGAGCUGGAGGAAUCGUGCUAACGUUAGCAGAUAUCGGCACUUUUAUUGGAGUUCUACUCUUCACACUCCAGCAUACAGUUUGCAUUACAUCCUGCUCUCCUGAGUUCACAUUCUAUCCUUCCUAUCCCGACGAUUUAACGUUCGGUUGGUCGUUCCUUCUAGCUUGGAUUGGUCUUGCGUUUUUGAUCGCAACAACUGUACUCAUGUACGUGUUCUCUUGCAUGGUCGAGAACAUGUAUAAGGUUUCGUUUUCACCGAAUCGAAUGAAUUCCCUCAGUCGAUCAGUAGAAGUACAGCCGGAUGGUGUCAGUAUAGAGCUUGUUAGAAUGAACGAAAAUGCUCUGAACAAAGAGAUGAGUCCAAAUAACACGACUGAACGGGAUAACAGAAGGGUUUGAACAGAUGACCACGCCUUCCUAUGUCCAAUCAAAAAUAUCAUUCCAUCACAACGCACUUAAAGUUUUCAACCAAUUGGAUUUCUAUGACAAACCACGCCUUCGCAGAUAAUACGUGUGGAAACUUCUCCAUUUAUUUAAAUUGAAUUUUUUUUACACCCGUAGUGUAUGUACCAGGUCAUGGUUAGGCCAUAAUUUUUAUCCGAUUUUCCUUAUUUUAGUCCUACUACGAGUUUGAGGACUGUCUGUGUUAGGUAAGUGAAUAUACCUCUUGACCAUAGCAUUCAGUCGCUUUACAUAACUUGAUGUAAAGUAGGCGAACAAAAUUAGUUACCUCCAUACCAUUCCUCCAUUAGUUACCGGUACACAAACUUCUGGAUCGCCAAUCAUCCUAGCAAAUCCCGCUUGUUUUCAUUUUGUUGGUUAGCUUUUUAGUUAUUUCACCACAUCUUGCAUUUCAUUUAAUGUGCUCUUCAAAUAAGACUUCAGAGCAGGAAAGAUAUACCCAGUUGUUUGAUACGCAGAAGAAUUGCAGGCUACUGCCAGUGAACUAAAAGCUAUUUACAUACCCUUUUUCUAGGUCUAGAAUAAUGUUUAUUAGCAUCUGACCUGAUCAUAGAUGAAAAUGAAUACCUGUUGUGUGUUUAAAACAUUCCGCCUUUUUCAUUAUUGCCUUAAUUUUUAACAAAAUAAAAGUUACAUUUGCACUGUU